AUGAGCUCCUCCAACUCAGUCCUUCAAUCAACCUACCCAUGGACGAAGGCCCCUCUAAUAGCCUCGGCUCCGAUGCUCAACAUCGCCUUGCCCCCGCUAGCGAUAUCCGUCUCAGAAGCAGGAGGUCUAGGUUUUCUUGCGGGCGGAUUGGACGUUUCAAACUUGGAGCGCAACCUAGAAGAAACCGCCCGGCUCGUGAGAGAAUCCAAAAACGCCGAAAUCCGCAAUUUCCACGCCGAGACGGGUAUCCUCCCCGCGGGUGUGGGGUUUAUCAACUGGGGCGCGGAUUUGGAGAUCGCAGUCACUGCUAUUGGGAAGUAUAGGCCAUGCGCGGUGUGGUUCUUCGCCCCUAGGUCGCAGCCUGAUGAUUUGCGGGCAUGGGUUGAGCGCGUGCGGGCUGCGACGGACGGACGGACGAAGAUCUGGGUGCAAGUCGGGACGGUGAUAGAAGCGAUGGACGUCGUUGGGGCGCUACGACCAGAUGUUCUUGUCAUUCAAGGGUCAGAUGCAGGGGGUCAUGGGCUGGCUCGUUCAGCGUCCGUUAUCACGCUGGUGCCCGAGGUACGGGAUGCGCUGCACGUAAACCACGCGACGAAGGAUGCUCUACCCGUCAUCCUAGCAGCAGGAGGCGUCGUCGAUGGUCGAGGUAUGGCCGCGUCUCUGGCCUUAGGUUCAUCGGGAGUCGUCAUGGGUACGCGCUUCCUGGCUUCGUCAGAAGCAACUGUUGCUCGUGGGUAUCAAGCGGAGGUUCUGCGUGCAUCUGACGGAGGUCGUAACACGGUCCGGUCGACGGUGUAUGAUCGGGUGAGAGGAAUUGGUGGCUGGCCGGAUCGGUAUGAUGGGCGCGGCGUGAUCAACGAGAGUUAUGUCGAUGCCGUCGAAAAAGGAAUGGAUGAGGAGGAAAACAGGCGACUCUAUCAGGAAGAGAUGAAGAAAGGUGAUGAUGGAUGGGGCCCGGCGGGGAGGAUGACUACAUAUGCUGGGACUGGAGUUGGACUGAUCAAGGAGGCUCUGCCUGUUGCUACCAUCCUGGAACGUGUCCGAUGCGAAGCCAAUGGUAUAAUUAAAAACUUGGCUGGCAUCUGA